UUUUUGAGCUGAGACUUGAUUUGUUCACUCUGAGAGAGACUGUCGCAGCAAGAAUUAUACCUGGUGUUGACUGUUGAUGCUCGGUGAAGUCAGACUAACUACAGUAUGCUGUUAUGCCAGAUAUGGUGUGACCUCGACCAACAUUACCAUAAAACUGCAAUAAAAGAUCCAACUUCAGGCACCAACUUCAGCUACUAAAGUGGAAUUCCUGUGACACAACAUGGCGUCAUCAGCAUCUGCAUCUGAUCUCAGGAUUGCGAUAUUUGGAAAAAGUCAGAAUGAACAGACAACACUAAGUGACUUCAUCACUGGAAAAAGAGAUUCUUCUCAUCCAACAAUGACCAAACAAUCUGCACACAUCCACAGAGAGUGGAGGAAACAACCCUUCACGGUAGUGAAAACGAAAGCAAACAUCUUCAGUCUGCCGGUGGAACAGGUGAAACACGCGAUGAAGAAGUGCGUGGCUGAAUGCCCUCCUGGACCAAACGUCCUCCUGCUGUUAGUGAAGCCGUCUGACUUCACUGAGCAGGACCGAAAAAAACUGAAGUUCAUCAUUAGCUUCUUUGGACAAGAUGCUUUUCAAUACUCAAUGGUCAUCCUAACACAAAAUGAUAGGGGACAGAAUUUCUCGCUCAAUCAACUCAUCCAAGACUGCGGACAAAGGCAGCACAGAAUGAACUUUGAUGAAAAAGACUUCCCUGACUACGAUCGUAAAGAAUUGAUGGGGAAAAUGGAGAUCGUAGUGGAUGAAAACAGGCGGCGAUAUUUAAUCUUCACCGAAGACACUGAUUCCAUGGCAGCACCUGAAUGUGCAAAACCUCCUCUAAACCUGGUGUUGUUUGGGACACACAGAGCCUGGAAGACUUCAACGGCCAACGCCAUCCUGGGAGAAAGAAAGUUUGGACCACUUGUUGACUCAUCAGAGUGUGUUAAAAAGCAAGGAGAGGUGUGUGGACGCUGGGUUUCCCUGGUGGAGCUUCCUGCCUUGUAUGGAAAACCUCAACAGGCAGUUAAGAAAGAAUUAUUGAAGUGUAUCUCCCUCUGUGAUCCCGAGGGCGUCCAUGCCUUCAUCCUGGUCCUACCUGUGGGUCCCCAAAGUGAGGAAGACAAGAAAGAGUUAGAGACCAUCCAACACACUUUCAGCUCCAGAGUCAAUGAUUUCACCAUGAUUCUUUUUACCGCGGAGGCAAAUCCCAGCUUUGUAGUGGCCGAGAGGUCUCUACAAGAAAGCAGAGAAAUCAUUCAAAGCUGUGGCGGACCAUACGUUGUCUGCAACAUCAAGGACGGGCAGCAGGUCUCUGAGGUUUUAAAUACCGUGGAAACGAUGAGAGCUGUGGGACGCCAAAGCUUCACGAAAGAUAUGUUUCCCAAGCCUCGAAUUAAUCCGGUUACAAGACACACAUCAGAUGCAGAAGGUUGGAGUGGCGUGUUCCACAGGAAUGCGCAGAGUACAAUGUCUCUCAGGAUGCCGCAGAGUAGAAUGUUACCCUGGAUGGCACCGAGUAAAGAGUCUUUCAAGGUGGUGCAGAGUAGAGAGCCUCCCAGGAUGGCGCCGAGUGGAGAGUCUUUCAGUAUGGUGUCAAGUAGAGAGUCUUUCAGUAUGGUGUCAAGUAGAGAGCCUUCCAGGAUGGCGCCGAGUGGAGAGCCUCUCAGGUUGGUGCUGAUUGGGAAAACUGGUUGUGGAAAGAGUGCCACCGCAAACACUAUUUUGGGCAAAGAAUGCUUUGAUUCUAAACUUAGUCAAACGUCUGUGACCAAGCUUUGCCAGAAAGCAACAGGAGAGAUUGACGGACGGCCCGUCGCGCUGGUCGACACCCCCGGCUUGUUCGACACGUCUCUGACCAAUAAGGAAGUUCAACAGGAGAUUAUGAAAUGCAUCAGCUUGUUGGCUCCAGGACCUCACGUGUUCUUACUGGUGCUGAAGAUCGGCCGCUUCACAAAAGAGGAGAAAGAAACCGUGGAACUGAUCAAAGCGUCUUUUGGCCAGAUGUCAGAAGACUACAUCAUGGUUUUAUUCACCAGAGGAGAUGAACUUAUCGACCAAACAAUUGAGACUUACAUAGGAGAUGACACUGAGGACUUAAAACAACUGACAACGGACUGUGGAGGAAGAUACCACGUCUUCAAUAACGGCGAUCGGGAGAAUCGUUCUCAAGUCAGCCAGCUGCUGACCAAGGUCGAGUCAAUGGUGAGGAAAAACGGCGGCGGCUAUUUCACCUCAGAGUUGUUCCAAAGAGCAGAGGAAGCCAUACAAAAGGAAAAGGAGAAGAUCAUGAGGGUGAAGGAACAAGAGGUGAGGAACCUUGAAAGAAAACAUCAAAAAGAGAUGCGAGAGAAGGAAGAAAAGUUUGCAGAGCUAGCAGCUAAACUUGAUGAAGAAAGAGAAGAGAGAGCCAAAGAAAAGGAGGAGGAGAGGAAGAGAGAACAGAAAAAGAAAGAGGAGAUGAACAAGAAAAGGCAGGAGAAAAUCCAACGACUCAAGUGGGAAGAAAAACUUAAAACUUUGGAGGAACAACUAAAAUAUGUAUCAGAAAAAAAUGCCUUUGCUGACUGGGUGUUAGUAUUACGGUCUAGAGAAGACCUGAAAAAAGAACAAGAGGCUUGGGAGCAGGAACAAAAGGACAAACAAUACCAAGAAGAUCAACAGAGAAGAGAGGAGGAGGAGGAGGAAAAACGACUUAAAAAGCUCAGACAUGAGGGCGAGCAUCUCAAAGACAAAAGACAAGAAGAUGAUAUGAUCAGAAGGGAACACGAGGAAAGAGAAUGUAAAGUUCUACGAGAACUCCAUGAGAAGAAAAUGACAGAAAUGAGGAAGAGAAAUGAAGAGGAGGCCAGGAAGCAAGCUGAAGAAGAAUACAAUGAAUUCAGUAUGAGGUAUACCAUGAAUGUAUGGAAGAACGAAGAGGAAAUGGAGAAACUGAAGCAGAAGCAACGGAACCAAAAUGAAUUGAUGAUAAGACUGCUGAGCAGAAACACAGUGUACAAGAAAGACAUUAGGAAACUGAAGGAAAAACAAGAACAAGAAAAGAAGGACAUGAAAUCGGCACAUUUUUUGCACAAUAGAGAACAUCUGGACAAGGAAAUGAACAAGCUGGAGCAAAAACAUGAGCAGGAAAUCAAUGACUGGAUACAAGAACAUUUGAAGAAAGCCAAACAGGACAAAGGGUGCUCCAUUUUAUGAGAUGUUGCAAAGUUUCAGCUGCAGAACUGAGCUUUUGUUUUGACGACAUGACAUAUUAAAAGGUGCAGUGUUUAGGAUCUGGUGACAUCUAGUGGUGCAACCAACAGAGUACCCCUAUGCGCACUCCUCGCUUUCCAAGACUGCGGUAAACGUGAGCCGCCAAGCGCAAAACCGUGGUAACGCCAUUGGCCUCGCUCAGAGGCCAUCCUUACCAUAAUAACACUACUUUAGGAGCAACAGAAGUCAGACGGCGGUUGGUGGUAUCACGGUUUACCACUCUAAGGAUCACGUUACCGCUGUUUCAAGUGGGUCGGAGAACUACGGUGGCCUUCAGCUAACAGUAAAGCGCAAAAGCCUCUCUCUAGAGCCAGAGUUUGUUUUUUUCCAUUCUGGGCUACUGUAGCUCCUUAUGUAGAUAUGAAGGACUCAUUCUAAGCUAACGAAAACACAACGAUGAAUAUUAUAUUCCAUUUCUGCUAAUAGAUCCCCGAAAUGUUAAACACUGUUCAUUCAAGUGUGAUUUAAUUUGUUUUUUUCAUAUCGAACUGGUGUACAGUAUAUACGGUGAUGGCCUAUAGACCCUUUUUGUGUUGACGUCAUGAUGAGGUCAAAGGAAAGACUGGAGGAACACUAGCAGUGGGCUAAAGUUACGCAUCUAAAAUGUCAUCUUGCUGUGUUGUUGGGUGCCAGAAUCCAGAUAUCACAGACAUUUGAGAUGGCAAACUGUGAUUCGAGGCUCUAGCGAGCUACAAUAUCAGAGAAACGAGACAAAAUGUUGCUGAUAUUUAGCCCUCUGCUAACCGCAGCCGUGAGCCAUCAGCAGAAAGCCGUUAGCAGAAAGCUAAACUUUGUCUUUGUCUUGACUUUGUGUUUUUGCACAAACUUUUAAACUGAUAUUAUUUACUUUUAAGACACAGUUAAGAAGGUAAACUAGUGAAUCCUGAUGCAAAUAAAUGAAUGCAUAAAAGAUA